AUGGGUUGCCUUGUAACAGCAGCUUUUAGUUUUGCAAAGACUGCUGGCAACAAGGAAAAAAUACUGGCUCUGGUGCUGAAACUAGAAACUGCUGUAAAAGUGAGUACAAUAUGCUAUAUAAGUGUUUUUAUAUUAUUUUUAUGUUGAAUGUUAUUUUUUGCCUCAAUGAGCUCUAGCUACCCUUAGAAUUGAAUAGAAUAAUUUAUUUAAUGUCGAAUGACACAGAGUGUGGUUACCCAAUCACUCAAGCCAGAGGCUCAUGAUAGAAGUGCUCGACCCUUCAUUUUCUGGAUCUAGGGUAUGACAAUUAUCCUUCAAAAAACCUGUUGGGGUGUUACCCCCAAUAAAUCGCUUUGCUAAGCCCUUGAGUAUAAUUCAUACUAGAAAAUACAUGCAUGCAGUAACUCACGCCCGCACUCAUUGAUGAACUUUAGACUUGGCUAAUGCUUUCGUUUCCCCGGGUGUAAAUAGCCGGCGGGAAUUAGUACCCUCACAUGGCGCUUCAUGCCGUCGCCUCGGGGAUUAAAGUGUGAGUUAUUGCUUUUUAGAAUUUGGGUGGUGAGUAUUCUGAUCACUGGGAAGAUGAGAAAGACAAUAGAAAGAUUGAUAUAAAGAUUGAAUUACCAGAUAAGGUUAGUUUGUCCAGUUUCAAAUAUUGAAUUUUCUGUGUGCCAAAUACAUUAAUUAAGAAGAACGGAUAAUGAUGUGUGAAUGGUGCAAUUAUAAAAAAAUGAUUAUCUGUUGUUUUGAAUGUGAUUUGGAAGUAGAAAGUUCUACAUACAAAACUCGCCUUUGCAAUCAAAAUUUAACUAAUUCCGAAAAAAACAUGUCAGUUAUUAUGCUUUGGGUGAGCUCUGCGAUCCCUGACUUGUGCCAAACACCUACAGUAAUAUUGUAAUAAGCAAGCCAACAAUCAUGUAAUCUGUAACUUAUAACAUGUGAGACGAAUUUGAAGACAUGUAUUGAGGAGACCUGUUUGUUUAUAUACAAUGUUAUACAUUACUUCCCUCAAGCACUGUAUCUAGUAGCAAGCAUGUGCAAAUUACUGGGUAGUAUGAGUACUUGCUUGCCUUAAUUUAGUAAAUACUGUAGGGUUGUAAUGUAAACUUUGAAUAAUAAUUGGUGUACAUACUUUUUACUAAUUACCACGACAAAAUAUUACCCUUGUUUCUCUCUCUGUCAUUUUUGUGUUUGUUUUCAAAGUCGUCAACAGAGGCUAUUGCAUCUGGACAAUACUAUAAAAUGGAUGAGCAAAAUAUUUUUGUUUUACAGCAAGCUAAGGAAGAGAUCAUCGGAUACCUUGAUGGCAUUGAAGCAUUGCUGCAUGAGACUGAUGAUGAGGGUGAUACUCAGGAUCCAGGAUACAAUGGACAGCAAAAAUGUGAUGAGUCAAAACGAGUGAGUAUACUGUACUAAACUUUGGCGCUUUAUUGCACAAUCUAUAUACUGUAUCUCAAUUGUUUGAGUAUAUGUUACCAUUAUCAACUGAACUAAGUAAAGUUUCACAAUUGAAUCAAGGAAAAAUUGAAAGGAAAGUGUGAUAAAAUAUCAAAACAGAACAGAACAAGAAGCAAAAUUUUAUUUUGCCUGUGAUGUUACUCUGAGUGUAUAUCCACACCGGGCAACUGGGGCAAGCUUGAAAAAUUUGCCUGACCACGGUGGGAAUCGAACCUACGACCUUUGGAAUACUAGCCCAAUGCUCUGCCAACUGAGCUACGCGGUCUGGUCGGUUCGAGUAUGUGAUAUUUCGGAACAGAAUCUAGUUCCUUAGAUAUCAAUGUUAUCUAAUAAUAAUCAUGAUUUUUUUCUGUGUUGGUGUAAUGUACUCAGGUGAAUGUGAUGCUUGUGAUGUUACUCUGAGUGUAUAUCCACACCGGGCAAGCUUGAAAAAUAUGCCUGACCACGGUGGGAAUCGAACCUACGACCUUUGGAAUACUAGCCCAAUGCUCUGCCAACUGAGCUACGCGGUCUGGUCGGUUCGAGUAUGUGAUAUUUCGAUAACAUCACAAGCAUUAUAUUCACCUGAGUACACUACACCAACACAGAAAAAAAAUCAAAUUUUAUUUGACAAUUUUCAUUUCAUUUGUCAAAGAUAUUUUGCUCGUGUGUAGAUGAUAAAUUUGUGACAAUUGCAAAUUUAUUGUGACAAAUGCAUUUGAACAAAAGCUAGCAUGCCAGCUUUUGAUCAAAUGACAUUUGUCAAAUAGAAUUUGCUCGUGUAAACGGCACUUUAGAUUGUGUUUUGCUGAGUUAAUUGUUUAAUUUGUAUCUUAUUAAACCUUAUAAAAAGGCCUGCUAAUGAUAUAAUACUAUUAGUAAGUACUUAUAGUUCAACUGGAACCACCACUUAUAAUGCUUACCUUAAAUACUAGUGAAGUUUUAUGCAAUUUGGCUUGAAAAUACCACAGUAAUAGGGGUAUUAUUUGAUCCGAGAAUUUGUUUUUUACUGUAAUUUGAGUUCAAUGGGUUUUCUACAGAAAACUUUUGUUUCAGUUGACUGACAUCAGUGUUAUUUACCAGAAAAUACCUUUCAAAAGUUUUUUGGCAUGUUAGAUUGUGUUUUGCUAAGUUAAUUGUUUAAUUUUUUCUUAAUUGUUUAAUAUUUAUUGCAAUUUUUUACUGGUAAUUUGGCAAAGUAUGUGUACUAGGAAUGAUACCGCUGUUUCAAUUUUGCAUUGAUGGUUACUAAAAUCUCAAUACAAAUAAGACUAUAUUAAGUUAUCAAAAUUUCCUGAAUUCAUAGCGUUGGACCAUAAGUGAUACGAGACUACACGUAUCACCAUCUUUUAUUUGCUAUGCCCGAGUAUACUUUUAAUACUUUGUAUUAAAAGUAUAUAUGUGCAUAUCAUAAAGUCAUCCUAGAUUUAUGUGCGAUUGUGCGUAUCAUAAACUCAUCCUAGAUUUAUGGAUGACUCAAAUUGUGGAUUUUACAAACACGUUAGAUUUUAUUCAGAGGGUGAUGUAUUUUCUUUUUGUAGGGUUCUGAAAUGGAAACUGAUGAAACUGUACCUGUACCUGUACAGUACAGUGAAAAAACUGACGAAACUCUACAAGAACAGUGCAGUGAAAAAUCCCAGUCAGUUGUGUCUGGGAAAAAGCAGAAAGAAAGAUCAAAAAAAUAUUUAUGCCCAUAUUCUAAUUGUGGGGCGGCCGUUAUCCAUCUUCCCCGCCAUAUGAGGCAGCGUCAUCGGUGGAGCCCACGAAAGGCACGUUCUGUGCUGAACACAUUUAGCUUGAGGAGAACGAAAGAGGCAUCCAAGCGAAAAACGAAACGAUCAUACAGGAGAGUGGUUUGUCCCGUCGACGAGUGCAAUUCAGUUGUCAAACGAAUUCAUAACCAUCUAAUUGAUGUGCACAAAUUUAAACAAGGAAGUACAAAUUACAAGAAAUGGCUUGCAUGUACUAUGCAUGAACAACAUCAUCAAGUGUCAGUUCUUAGCGAAACGGAGUCUUCUGAGUUGUCAGAACACAGUGAUGACAAUGAUUCAUCUGCUGAUUCUGACUGGUCGCUCCCGAAGAAAAUGAAGUCGCAAAGCCAUGUAAAGCAACUUACAAAUGUUUAUGAUGAUGUUUACGGUAGUAAUGAGGAAAGUUGUGAAGAAGAACCAACUGAAUUUUGUGGCGAGUCUGCUGGAAUAGGUAACGACUUUCAAGACGAUGACGAUGCAAUUACUCCUGUUGAAUUAGAUGGGAACCAACAAAGUAUUUUGAAUACUUUUGAAAAUUGGCUGAAAGGUGCUGAUGGUGGAAAAAGAGGAGAUCGUUCCGCUGUUCAGUGUCGCAGACAAGUUGAACUUGUUAUCUCCUAUGUGGACAAUUCUAAUCCGACGAUCAAUAAUAUAUUACGCAAAAAUACACUCCGCGACAAAUGGCUUGAUAAAUUUGACAAGGAAAAGAAGCCUGGGACUGUGAAGUCGUAUCUGGGCUCAUUGAAUCAAUUUUAUUCAUUUCUAAAAUGUGAAAAAGUCGAUGUCGGUGUUUCGUCAGAGCAGCUUACUAGUCUCUCCGAUCAAAUAAAGUUGUGGACAAAAUCACUUAGAAAGGAGACCAACCAUCGCUUUUGGGAAAAGCGUAUGGAAGACAUGUCGUCAAUGCGAACACCAGAGCAAAUUAAACAAUUUGAAACUGCGGAAAUUGCAAGGACAGCUAUACGUUUGCUUGGUGAAUACCAAGAGAGUGAAAUAGGCUCUCCCAGCCAGCCUGAAUAUACAUUAGUUAGGGACUAUCUAUUAACACUUAUCUGCAUCAACAACGGAAGUAGAUCUGGAACACUUGCGAAUAUGACUCUCGGAGAAUUUAAUAAAGGUACCAAAGAAGAUGAAUGCUUUGUCGUCAGAGUUAAAGACCACAAAACAUUUGCCACACACGGUCCAGUGAAUAUUGUUUUAGAGUCAGUUCUUUUUAAAUACGUGAGUAUUUUUAUUGAGAAAUUUAGAAAUCAAUUGGUUGGUGUGACCACAGAUGCGAAUGCUCCAGUAUUUAUGACUUGGAAUAAUGGAAAGAUGAAGUCGUCGCAAGUUGGCGCUCAGAUCGGGUCUUGUUGGGGGAAGGUAUUCGGCAAAGAUACUUCUUUGGGUGGAGCAACUGCUUUCCGCAAAGCGGCAGUUUCGGCUGUGCAUGAAUGCAAUGAGAACAUGCGCAGUGACCUUGCAGAUCUUAUGGUCCACAAAAAAUCCACUGCGGACAAGUAUUAUUUGCUGAAGAAUAAAAGUAAAUCUGCAGUACAGACCUCAAAAGAAUUAGCUAAAAUAAUGAGGUCGGGUGGUGCAUCUUGCUCAACAGAAAAAGGUGAUUCACAUGAAGGUGAGGAACUGUCGUGCGAUGAGCCACUGUCUGAAAACACAUCCUCAAGACAUAUAUGGUCACUUUCUGAAACCUGCGCCUUAGAGGUUGCUUUUUCUUCCCAUAUCAAGAAGAAGGCAAUAAGAUUGGAAGAAGUUAGAGAAAUUGUUAGAAGCAUUCCACCACUGCAAAGUAUACCUCCUAAGAAAAUCUGUGACAAAGUACGCUCCUACUUUGGGAAAGACGAUUCACUGAUUGAGGAUUCACUAUCACUGCCAAAGGAAAUUGAGUCAAAGGAAGAACGAUUGAAACGAGCUGGUCUGAAGCGUAAAAGGGGUACGUAAAAUGUAUUGUUAUAUAGUUAGUGUACGUAAAAUGUAUUGUUAUAUAGUAAUUUUUCUGUUGGCCAAUAGAACUUUUUAAAAAGUCUGCCUUGUGAUGUAGUUUGCGGAUAACGGAAAACCCCGCCAAGCCAUUUGGCUUGCCUGAUUGGACAAAUAAUCUCAUUGAUCCGCAAACUACGUCACAAGGCAAACAUUUCAAAAAAGGUCUAUUGUUCAAAACCGUAUCACGUGCCGGUCCACAAAACGUCAUGUUCACUGCAUGGUUUGGCGAUGGGGCAACCGGUCAACAAUGAAACAAUUCAAUUUAUUAUGUCAAACUAAUUUACAAAAUCAACAAAGAUCUUGCUGUCCACAACUAGCAAAAGCUAAUCGUGGUGGACAGGAACUACACACAUUCAGGAUUAGAGAAGAUUUCAGAAUUCAUUUAGUAAGUACAAGCACUAUUCAUCACCAAAAGGCAUACGAUAGAGAUACAUUCACCAUAUAUACAAACAUAAUCUCUAACGAAUGAUCAGACUAAAAUCCAAAAUUGUAAAAUGAUUUAACUUUUAGAUCAUUUUACGAUUUUGGAUUUUAGUCUGAUCAUUCGUUAGAGUUUGUGUUUGAUCACUCGUUAGAGAUUAUGUUUGUAUAUAUGGUGAAUGUAUUUCUAUCGUAUGCCUUUUGGUGAUGAAUAGUGCUUGUAUUUACUAAAUGAAUUCUGAAAUCUUCUUUAUAAAUUAUUAACCGGUCAAUAUUAGAACCGUGAAGUUCCAAAGUUAAUUUUAUUAACCGGUCAAUAUUAGAACCGUGAAGUUCCAAAGUUAACUUUAUUGAACUUCCAAAGCUAAUUUUACUUUUCGCGCGAGACGUAUUCUCUCACACGGCCACUCUUAAUUCUGACCAAUCGAAAAACAAAUCGUGGACGCAAGUGAUUAUUUGUGAUUAUCUUAUUGGCGUUCAAUGGCUCAUUUGACUUCCUGGUCUCGUGCUAUUACUUUCUUUACUCUUUGAGGACUGUACUCAGUACUCUUUAUACAAAAAGUAUAAUAAUAGUGGAUUUCAAAAUGCGUACUAUAAUCAAUAGUUAAUAUAGUUAAUCAAUAACUACCAAAGGAUCAGAUAGAACAAUGAAGUGUUUUGCUAUGAUAUUUUAUAAAUGGUUUUAUAGUAAAAUUGGCCGAUGCCUUAUAUUCAGGUUGUUAAAUAUACGUGUCGAUUAAAUUCCCAAAACAAGACUAUAAAGAGAAAGUUGCACUUGUUUGAAAUGUUUUAAAGUAUCUUAUACUUACUGACAGUUUUCAUUUCAAUGUUGUAUUUUAUAGAUACAAAGCAGACCUCACAGAAUGAAUUGAUUGCCGAGGAAAUAGGUUAGUAACUCAUCCUAAAAUUGGCCUUUAAAAAUUAGUAUUUCCAAGAGUUCUAGGCUUUGUGAAAAGGGUGCUAGAUAAUGGAACUUACUUCAUAUAUAUAUGCUGAUUAUUAGGUCCCGGUACAGUAUAUCUGAGAUACAGGUUUUGAGUAGUUUUGGGGACAGGCUUUCAUAAAGUACCCAGCUUCAGUCAUACACAGAGUACCUGGCAGAUAAAUUGUACAGUGGUUACAUUUUAGGUAAAAAGCAUAUGAGUGAAAGCUACAAGUACCCAUCUGUCAUGAAGAAUUGAUAUCAAAAUUUAUGUUCAUCAUAUACAUAUGAGAAAUAGAAAACAUUUCCGUUCUCUUCUCCCAAAACGUCCCAUAAGUGACAAAUGAUUCUAUGGCCGUAUAGAAGCACAUAAAGAAAGGUUUUGUGUUUUUUUAUGAUGUAAUUCAAGACUGAUAACACAUACAGUACUGCUCACGUAUAUCUUAAUCAUACGGGUAUGUGCAUGCGAAUACGCCUAUCGUACAAACAUGUUUUCAAACAAGUAUGGAUAUCAUAUCAGCGCAUUAUACGAAUAUACUGUAUAUACGCGUACAAAAAGGCUAUUAUACACGCGACAUAUAUAAGCGAUGCCUGGCAAGCCUUUCACGUUCGUAUUCGACUUUUCCUCUUUGCUUUGGGACAACAGCUUAAUUGAAAUAGCUUGUAUAUGCGUAUAUACGCACGUACAGUAUCAAAUGUAGCUGACACGCACUGUAUAUGCGCAUAUAUCGAACGUGGUUGAUACGCAUAUUCAUAUGAUAUGCUAUGCGUAUGAUUCGCAUAUAAUACCUGUACCGAAGGAAAUAGACUUGGUUCCGAAUUAUCACAUACUCAAACCAACCUGACCGCGUAGCUCAGUUGGCAGAGCAUAGGGCUGGUAUUCCAAAGGUCGUAGGUUCGAUUCCCACCGUGGCCAGGCAUAUUUUUCAAGCCUGCCCGGUGUUGAUAUACACUCAGAGUAACAUCGCAAGCAUCAUAUUCACCCGAGUACAUUACAUCAACACAGAAAAUAUCAUGAUUACUAGAUUACAUUGAUAUCGAAGGAACUAGACUCAGUUCCCAAAUAUCACAUACUCGAACCUACCUGACCGCGUAGCUUAGUUGGCAGAGCAUUGGGCUAGUAUUCCAAAGGUCAUAGGUUCGAUUCCCACCAUGGCCAGGCAUAUUUUUCAAGCUUGCUCUGCUCGGUGUGGAUAUACACUCAUAGUAACAUCACAAGCAUAAUAAUAAUAAUUUAUUCAUUUAAAAUGCUGUAUCUUAUAGAUUCACAUUCACUGGACGAAAUGUUUACCGAGGAAAGAGGUUAGUAACUUUUAUUUGAAAAUUGGCUGUUAAACUUAAUAUGUGCAACCCCCCCCCCCCCCAUUGAAUGAUUUGGAUAUCCAAUAAUGGAGGAGAGGGUCUUCGUCUUUUAUUAAUUUUUAGUGAUGUCUGAGAAAGCGAUAUCCUAAAGGGAUUAGUAAGAUAUCCUCCGGGGUUAACUUCCAGAAAUUGCAUCCAAGGGGGUUCCAAAUUUUUUUAUAUCCUAAGGCGAUUAUGAAAGGGACCCCUCAGUAGGAGGGGGUGCUUAUAUUAAAUGGAAUGGCCCAUUAACAAACCGGAAAUUUUGGGUAUAUAUGUAAAAUACUGGUUUGAGGUUGAGCCCAUCAUGAUGGCGUCCUUUGCCUGGAUUAUCCAAUGUCGUAUUAAAUAAAUAACAUCAAUUCAUUAACAUUACUCCAUGAAUUCUAGAUAAUGCAAAUAACACAGAUGAAAAUGGUGGUGAUGGGGAUGAUGAUGAGUAUGCUCCAUCUGUACAGACUUCCAAAAGGACGUCACAGUCACUCCUCACGAUGGAGGAAGAUCGUUUAUUUAGUCAAACGUUUUCCAAGCUGAUCCACUCCACAAAAACAAUCGCAAUGAAAACAGUGGCGGAAACCGUGCAGAAAGAACCGAAGCUUUCUCACCUACUGAAAACUAUGACCCACCGCCAAUUGGCCGAUAGGGUGCGUUCUGAGCGAAAAGCCAUUGUUCGUGCCGACCAGAGAAAGGAGCUGCAGAAAAAAGCUAAAAAAUAA